AUGUCCAACAUCAUGAGCAACCGUAACAGCACUCCCGAGGCUGCCAGUGUUUCAUCGCUGCGGCCACCUUCCUCCCGUGCAAUCGGUGCAAACAAUCACGCCCUCCGUGCGUCUGCGGAUAUGGCCGCCUUGACCGGACAGGCCGCCGCUGGUCGGAUCCGACCAUCUUCCGACUUCUACGGCCAGCCACAGGCAGGCCAGGGUCAGGGCACUUCCGAAUUGGACCCCCAGGACAAACUUGCUCAACAGUGGAUUGCCGAUAUCGACCAGUAUGAGACUACUCUUGAGGAGAUGGCAGCUGCUACCCUCGACCAGGAUUUCAAGGACGAGCUGAGUGCUAUUGAACAGUGGUUCCGGGUCCUGAGCGAGGCUGAACGCACCGCUGCCUUGUAUGCGCUGCUGCAACAAACCACCCAGGUCCAGAUCCGUUUCUUUAUUCAGGUCUUGCAGCAGAUGGGCAAGAACCACCCAAUGUCGGGUGUGCUUUCGCCGGCCAAUUUUGAUAAGGAUCCCAUGUCUAACCGUCUGAGCGAUGCUAUGAGCAAGCUGACGGUCGACUCGGCUCGGAACUCCCUGGCCCGCCCGAGUGCCGGUGCAAACGUGAAGCGCCAGUCGGGCCUUGAUCCCUCGACCAUUAAUGCCAUGUUCCCCGAUGCCGCCGCGGCCAUUGCGACCGAAAAAGCCAAGUUCACCCAGCAGACGGGCAAUCCCCCCACCUCGACUAGAAAUAGCCUGGUGGAUAACCGGAACUCUCUGGUGGCGCCGACCAUCUCUGCUCCUAAGGAUGAUCCCAAUGCGCAGAACCCAGCAUCCCCUUGGGGUCCCAACGACCCGAACCGCCCCAAGUCCUCUUCCGGCCAACCCCCGAUGGGCCAGUUCGUGCAGCCUCCACCGUCAGCUGGUGGCUUGCGAUCUCCUCGCCCGCAGAUCUCGGGCAACACCAACAUCCAGUCGACCACACUGACUACUGGAGAGCCGCAGCUUGCCGACCUGCCUCUUCUGUCUCCGUACGGCGCCAGUGGCAACUGGGCUUCGAUGGUCAACACGCCCAUGGUGGCGAGCUUCAACCAGCCGCAGGGGAACAAUGCCGAUAUGGUUGCCAACGCUACGGCAAUGAAGCUGGCGGCCCUCUCGACGGUUAACAACCGCUUUGCGCUGGAUGAUGUGCGCAAGUAUCGGCGCACCCGCUCCAACGAGCCGGGUCAACCGCAGAACCCGCUGUCGCCGGGUGCUCCUUCUAUCCCUGGGGCGAUUAUGGUCAGCGAGCAUGGGGUGCCGCUGAGCCGGGAGCAGGUGAUGGCCCUGCAGCAGCCGCAGAACCUGAGCUUUGCGGCUCAUCGGUCGCGGCCUAAUUCACCGGGCAUUGCUAUGCAAAACUACGGACCCGCCCUGUCCUUCACUUCGCCGCAGAAUAAUGGUUUCCUUAGUGCCUAUGAUGGAGGACCUUCGAUUAUGAACAAUGGACUGGCUCCAAUGAACUUGGGUCCGUUCCAGAUGGGCUUGGGCGGCCACCAUGAAGGGUACCACUCAGAUCAUUCGGACAUGGUGCGUGGCCGUUCUCCACGUGGUCGGAGAGGCACGUCGAAGCCCCCUGAGGAUCCCACCGACCCGACGCUGCUGCAGGACAUCCCGAGCUGGCUGCGGAGCCUGCGUUUGCACAAAUACACGGACAACCUCAAGGACAUGCAGUGGACUGAUCUCAUUGAGCUGGAUGACAAACAGCUGGAGGACCGCGGCGUCAACGCGCUGGGUGCUAGACGCAAGAUGCUCAAGGUUUUUGAGCAGGUCAAGGAGGCCAGGAACGAUGGCAAGCUGGGCUAG